GGAGACAAGCUCUUUCCUGCGUACAAUCAUUGCAAUGAAGAAGAUGUGCCAUGGAGAGCGCGCAGAGCAGCAAAGGCGGCUUGGGCCUUUUGGUGGAUCGUCUCUCAGCGUUGGCUGAGCGUUUGGCCACGGUGCCCUUGGGAGAGGAGCUGGCCCAACUGGCCGAGGAACUGAGGUGCGAAGCAGAGGCUCUGAGGGUGGGCGCCAGCUCAGAGCUUCUGCAAGCCUUAAGCCGUGCCCGUGAGGAGCGCGAGGAGCUGCGCUUAGCGUUGGCGCAGCAUUCUGCUUUCUGUGCUGAGAGGGAGUUGGAAUUGCGCCUUGAGCUUGAACAGUUACAAGACGCAAAGGCUCAGGAUGUCCAGGAGCCAGCUGCCAGCUCCAACCUCGAUGCACAGAUUCAGGAGGCCGUACAGCAACAGCUUCGUGUGGCGUUGGACGAGGAAGCGCGAGCUGCCCGGCGCGCGCGGCAAAAUCUGGUGGAGGAGAACCAGCUUUUGAGGACGCAGUUGCGCUCUGCGCGGCAACGGCAGCAUUGUUUGGAGGUGGAGAACGGGGCGCUGAAGACCAUGCUGAGUUGUUUCGAGGCCUUAGGACCACCACCCAGCAGCUCUCAAGGAGCUGCCAGUGAUGGCUUCCCAGAGUCUCCAGCUGGGGAGGUUUUGGUUGCCAAGGCGCUUGACCCACGCCCGACGCCUUACAGGCACCCGACCCAGACCUUGAGGAGUCCGAUAUGUCUGGAAACAACCAGCAGGAACCUUUGGUGCCUCGAUCAUCGAGCGUGACUAGGAAGAAGGUCUCCCGAAAGGUCGCCGGCCGGGCCAAGCCCAAGGUCGAACUGGCUCGGAAGAUCAGCUUUGCAGAAAGAGACUUCAAAGGGACAGAUGAAGCCA